UGGAGUUGUUUAUGUUUAUGGGUUAUUAUGCUUUAAUUUUACUGCUCCGGCCCACUUGAGAUAAAAUUGAGCUGAAUGUGGCCCCUGAACUACAAUGAGUUUGACACCCCUGGUGUAGAUCACCCUCAUAUCUGGUAUAUACAGUCCCCAGAAGAUGACUCCUAGUAGUUCGUCAUCCCUUAACCCUUCGUCUGUUAUUGCAAUGAGCCCAAUGUUUAUACCUAUUAAUCAGUCAAAGUUUAUUUCUAUUGCCCUUUACAACAGCCCAAAGGGUGACCAAAGUGCUUCACAGUAAAAAACAAGAAAAUAACUUAAAAACAAUACAGUAACUUACAACAGGACAAAAAAUCCCACUCGCACUCACACCUACGGGCAAAUCUAGAAUAAUCAAUUAACCUCAGCAUAUUUUUGGACUAUUUAUAUACUAUUUUUGGACCUCUGCACAAGAAAUAUAAAAAUCACAAUGCAGUGGUGCUCUCCAGAGUAAAAACUCUUUCAAUUAUUACUCCGCACCAUCUUCUGGCCUAAAUGUCAACUUCGCACACAGGAUAUGUCAUAAUGAAAUCUUGCCAUAAAAUCUGCAAAGCACGCUCAUCCUCCCGAGGGGAAAGAUGGUUCAAAUUUAAUGACUCUGUGGCCUUUCCUCUUGUGCCACCCUUAGGAUGAAGGUUCUGAUUUUAACCUCUUAUGUACUGAAGCUCUCACAGGAGCAACUCUUUCUGUUUGUGUUGUGUCCUGCUGUCUUCUGUUAUGGACCUUAAUUAAAUGCUUUUGGGGCUUCACACUUUUAGUCCUCUGGUCUUCCAAUUCCAAGCAUCCUUUGAAGCCAAUCUUAAAUCUACAGAGAGGUGACAAAAGUAAAACUUGUAUGUGCGACCCAACAACAACUACUACUUUUUUGUAUGUCACAUUUUAAAAUCAGAGUCUGCAAAGUGCUGUACAGACAAUGUAAAAAAAAAAAAGAAAAAAAGAAGGAUACUCAGGAAGAACCUUGAAGAGCAGAAGGCUGGUCCAAACAUUGUAAAAGAUUCUCAGAAUAAACUGGUACAACACCAGAUAAAAUAAUAAAUUGCCACAUUCAAGUAAGGUAAGGAACAAGUUGAAUAUAAGAAAAUAGAAGGUAAAACCAUAAACACAAAUCGAAAAAUGAUAACAACAGUAGCAAUAAGUACAUAAAUAAAGUGUAAAAGAGAAUUAAAUGAACAAUGAAAUAACUAAAGUAAAAAUAAAACAAUUGUAAAUAAAAUUAGAAAUAAAAAUAGAAAUAGACGACAUCACAUAAAAGCAAACUUAUAAAGAUGGGGUUUAAGAAGUGAUUUAAAAGGGAAGGAUCGCUGCAAAUCAAAGGGACAUAAGGUGCACAUACUGGUACACUGAUACGCAUGCGCAACAGAAAGCAGGAACGCGUAGUGUCACGUGUGUCACGACGUGCUUUUUGCGUACCUGACGGUCAGGUAAGGACGGUGUGCAGCAGGCUGAAGCUAAGGAGGAGCUGGCUAAAAAGUUGUGCAAGGUUUGCAGCUUGCCCCCACAUCUAGCAAACGUAACAGGCGCGUUUUGAAGAUGCUCAAAGAAUUUUAAUUGUCCAUUUUUUGACAAGGUUGUAUAACUAGACGACAAAGUUGUUCGCUGCUUGCACAGACGAGGCUGCUGUAAUCGAUGAUCACACAGACAUUUGACCCCAAGCCAGCAGCUGACCUUUGGAUGGAAACAGUAAGGUGCAUCUGCAGCAUCUUAACUUCUACCAUGCAGGAAGCUGGCGCAGAGAACAGUGAGUCAGACUGCACUUAUUACAUAUGAGCAGACAGUCACGGGAUGCCUCUUCAGCGCAGCCUUCUUCGGGGCCCUGGGCUCGUCUUUCCUUUAUGGCUACAACCUCUCUGUGGUCAAUGCUCCUGCUGUGUACAUCAAAGCUUUCUACAAUAAGACAUGGAUGGAGAGAUAUGGAGAGCAUAUUCCAGCAGAGACAGUCACCCUCCUCUGGUCCAUCACAGUGUCCAUAUUUUCUAUUGGAGGCCUCAUUGGAGCUCUGUCUGUCUCUUUUAUCAUCAAAGCAUUGGGAAGAAAGGGAACCUUGCUGCUGAAUAACGGCUUUGCUGUAAUAGCUGCUCUGCUGCUGUCCUUGGGGGAGAAGUCAAGAUCUUUUGAGAUGCUCAUCAUUGGUCGCCUCAUUAUGGGGGUGGACUCUGGUAUAGCUCUCAGUGCCCUCCCUAUGUACCUGGGAGAGAUUUCCCCGAGACACAUCAGAGGCUCCAUCGGCCAGUUCAACUCCAUCCUGAUCUGCUUAGGAGUGUUCGCAGGACAAGUGCUGGGGCUGCCUGAGCUGCUGGGUCAGGAAUCCAGGUGGAACUUCCUCUUUUCUUUCCUGGCACUGCCGGCUGUGCUGCAGCUGUGCGUGCUGCCCUUCCUUCCCGAGAGUCCUCGCUACCUGCUGAUGGAGAAGAGAGAUGAAGCCGGAGCAGAAAAAGCUUUCCAGAGGUUUUUGGGGAAGAAAGACGUGUCCCAGGAGCUGGAAGAGGUCCACGCGGAGGCUCGAGCUCAGGACAAUCUGCACAUCGUCUCUGUGCUGCAGCUGCUGAAGAACCCAGCUGUGCGCUGGCAGCUCAUCACUAUCAUCGUCACCAUGGCCUGCUAUCAGCUCUGUGGCCUCAAUGCUAUCUGGUACUACACCAAUGGGAUCCUUCGGGAAGCAGGUUUUGCCAAUAACUUACUUCCCUACAUCACAUUGAGCACAGGAGCUAUAGAGACUCUGGCUGCCAUCACCUCGGGUUUGGUGAUUGAACGAAUUGGAAGGAAACCCCUCCUCAUAUUUGGUUUUUCUUCCAUGGCCGUGUUCUUCAGCCUCCUCACAGUUUUCCUUAAUUUCCAGGAUAGCGUGUCAUGGAUGCCCUACCUCAGUUACAUCUGUAUCCUGGCUGUGAUUGCAUCCUUUUGCUCUGGACCAGGUGGCAUCCCCUUUAUCCUGACUGGGGAGCUGUUUGAACAGUCCUACCGACCUGCCGCCUUCAUGAUCGCUGGCACUGUAAACUGGCUGUCCAACUUCACCGUGGGCCUCCUGUUUCCAUUCAUUCAAGAAUUGCUGCAGGCCUUUGCCUUCCUGGUGUUUGUGGGGGUGUGCACCUUGGGAUCUAUCUACCUCUAUGUCGUCCUCCCUGAAACCAAAAAUAAAACAUUUAUGGACAUUAGCCAGAGCUUUGCUAAGAUUAACAAAAUGCCCAACCCUUCCCUUGGCCAGGAAAUGGAGCUGGUUCUGUCCAUUAAGCCUGACACUAAUGGAAAAGCCCAAGACGUCACAAAGACAGAGAGUUCCUUCUGAAUGAACAAACAACACUAAUAUUGGAGAAGCAGGGUCAAAUUAUAAAGUAAAAAUAUUUGUAGUUUUUACAUAAAACAUACAUGUUUAACAAAAAUAUUCAAUUCAUUUUAAAUGCAUUUUUUAUAUGUUUUCUAUGACAGGAAUAUUUAGGUAUAUUACAGGAUUUCAGUUUACAGUAAUCCAUGGUUUAUGUCUCUUAAUAAAAUGAAGGAAACCAUGA